AUGUCUAGCUCCACCCAAAGCACGAAGGAUGUCAGCUGGAAGAUCAGGAGGCUGGUCCAGAAGCAGGACGAGUUCAAAAGGCUGUGGCAGACGGACCAGUUGAGCCAUGAGGCCAAGCUUAAGGCCGUCGAGGCCCAGAACCGGGCCCUGCAGGAAAAGCUGGAUGCGGCAAGCAAAGACCAGGAGGAGCUGAUGACCCAGGUGAGGGUCCACAAAGCCCAGAUCUUCUCCCUGGAGCAAAGAAAGUGCCAGUCAGAGUCGGAAGCCCGAGACCUAAGAGCGGUCCAGGCGCAGCUCCAGGAGAAAAUCGGUGAGCUGGAGGCUGCGCUGGUGGACUGGGAGAAUAACAUGGAAGCCCAGGCCCAGAGGCACAGCGAGCAGCUGCAGAUGGCUGAAGAGGAAUGGCAAGAGAAGAUGCGCGAGAAAGACGAGGGCUUCGCCAAGCAGGCGGCCGGCAUGCAGGCCCAGAUGGAGAAAAUGAGCAAGCAGGCGGAGGAGCUGGCCGAGGAGAAGCGCAAACUCCAGGCGGAGUUGAGCGAGCGUCAGGAGGAGCUCGAGGCCCAGAAGGGCAUCCGCGACAAGAUCCAGUACGACCACGGCGUGGAGAUGAGGCUGAUCCAGAUGCAGAAAAACGCCCUGUCCAACAAGGUGACGGCCCUCACCAACACCACCGAAGACCUGACGGAGAAGAAGGAAGCGCUGAAGAAAUCCGAAGAGCAGAAGAGCAAAGAGCUGAAGGCCAAGAAUGCCGAAAUCAACGACCUGCAGACCCACAAGGAGAUCGUCAACGCCCAGCUCCAGCGCGAGGAGAGGGGGGCCGCCACCCUAAGGGAGUCCGUCCGGAACAUGGAGACCGACAUGGAGGCCCUGAGGGCAGAGUACACCGGGGAGCAGGCCGCUCACAAGGUCACCAAAAAAGACCUGGCCCUGGCCAAGAUGCAGGCCAACGACCUGGCCGAGAAGAUCAAGUUCCACGAGGGCCGCGUCAAGGCCUACCAGGCCAGCGUCAAGAGCCUGGAGUGCGUGCUCCUCACCAAGGACACCUACAUCCGCAGGUUCAGGGAGGACUUGGAGACGUCCAUUUCGCUCAUCAACAGACCCAAGACCUUCACUAAGGCUAUCACCAGCCUCAAGAGGAAGUACAUCACGGGGGACCAGGACGUCUGCGUGGACGGCAUCGAGGACAAGAUCGCAAAGUUCCUAGAGUCCAACAAGCUGCAGUCCGAUCACUUCGAGAAGACCGUCCAGAGUCUGCGGCGACAGCUGGAGCAGAAGGACGCCGAGACGCAAAAGAGGCUACAGAAGCUGGACCGUUGCCGCGGUGACCUCAUCAAAAUCAUCAAUGAGCAGAGGCUAGAGCUGGCUAAAGUCAAGGCCGAGCUCAACGACGUCACGCACCAGCUCCGGCAGUUGGCCCCGCCCCUCUCCGUCGCCAGAAACAGUCGACCGUGA